AUGAAAAGUGCGAUAUUUUCCGUGCUGCUCGUUGCUGCACUUGCUCAUGGAGCCGUGCUUGUAGAAAAUUUAGUAAGAGCCGGUCGUGAUGAUCCCAGCCAAGCUCCUGCUAUAUGCGCUACUGAAGGAUCAGACAACAGUAUAGUUGCUCAUGAAAACUGUGCCAAGUAUUACCAAUGCUGGGGUGGAAGCCCCAUCGCUUUCGACUGCGGUCUUGGUACUUUGUUUAAUCCGAAGAAUAGCUACUGUGAUUACCCGAGUAACGUAGACUGUGGCAACAGAUUUAUUCCUGAACAAGAAGAAGUUGUAAUUCCGAUUAACCCGGUAAUCCCAAUCGGUAAUAACCACGAUAAUCCCAGUCUAGCUCCACAGAUUUGUGCCGCUGAAGAUUCAUCUGAUGUGUUAGUAGCUCACGAAAAUUGUAACCAGUUCUACAUGUGUUUACAUGGUGCACCAUAUGCUCAAACCUGUCAAGCUGGUCUUUUGUUUGACCCUCGCAGAGACAGGUGUGAAUGGCCCGAAAAUGUAAAUUGCGGAAACCGAGUUGUAUAA